ACAACAACAACAACAACGACAACAACAAAAACAACAACAACAACAAUAACAACAACAACAACAAGAACAACAACAACGACAACAACAACAACAACAACACCAUUAGACUCAACUCCAUUUAUAGUUGUUACACCAUCCAAAACGCCCGUGGGUUCAACUCCAUUUAAAGUUGUCCUGACAACAACAAUCUCUGAGAUUCCAGUUCUGAUUUCUUCAACUUCAACCAUGACAACAACAACAACAACAACAACAACAACAACAACAACAACAACAGCAACAACAACAACAACAACAAUCUCUGAGAUUCCAGUUCUGAUUUCUUCAACUUCAACCAUGACAACAACAACAACAACAAUCUUUGAAAUUCCAGUUCUGAUUUCUUCAACUUCAACCAUGACAACAACAACAACAACAACCACAACAACAAUCUUUGAAAUUCCAACUCUUAUUUCUUCAACUUCAACCGUGACAACAACAAUCUUUGAGAGAUCAACUCUCAUUUCUUCCACUUCGACCAUGACAACAACAACAAUAUUAACUACAGCAAUAAUAAAAAGAACAAAAUCAACAACAUCAUCAUCAUCAACAACAACAACAACAACAACAACAACAACAUCAUCAUCAUCAACAACAACAACAACAAAAACAAAAACAACAACAACAACUACAACACCAACAUCAACUACAACAACAACAACAAAAACAACAACAACAACAACAACUACAACACCAACAUCAACUACAACAACUACAACAACUACAACA